AUGCUGCUUAUUCCGGUCUGCACGGGAGAUGGGGUUUCAAUGCUGGUCUCUGUGAUUGAAGAUGAAGAAGUGGUGCUGACUGCGGUAGUAGAGGGUGCGGAGGUGGUAUCAGUAUUUGAUGUGCUGGGUGUUGAUGUCGUCGAGGCCGAAGUAGACGUAGCCCCCACCGAGUUUGAGAUAUAG